AUGGCUUUUCUUCGCAAGAAAAGAUCUCAAGUAGACCCACCACCUCUCAUCCGUUCCCCUCCCCCUGUCUCUAAUGUAGCUCCCCCACCGUUAUACGCUCGUUUUGCGACAAGCCCGACAAACGAUGCACACCCACGCGUAGUAUCGUCUCCAAUGGCUCUCGGAGCGGGCCAAAGAAAUGCAGCAGGGCAGAACGGAGCUAUGUCGAGACAACAGCAAGGUUACACCCAGCCAAAUUACGGCCCGCCUCCACCCAAUCGACGAAUCUCAGCCGCGGUCAGUGCAGACAAGCCUCUGCCUGACCCACAUUUCGGCCAGCCUUCUCAUGCUCCUCCAAAUCGACGUACUUCCGCUUACAAUGGUGGACCACCGCAAAUUCAGCCUCCGGAUGGCCCCUACCGUGCUUCUGGUCCAUCUUCUCCACCACCAAGACAGCCGACAUUGGUCCAGCGACUGGAACCCGACUCGCCACAACUGAACUCAAGGCUGAAAACGGUCGCUCAGCCUGAAAUUCGGACGGACAUGGGUGCGACAAUCAGCUCGCUCCAAGUCCAAUCUUUUCACCCAUCUGAGCCUGCAUUCAAGGCCCUAAUUCCUGCCCAACCCGUUCAAUCCCGGAGCAAUGUUCCCAAACGCUCCCCAUCAGGACUAGUAAAGGGUAAACCGCUCAUAUUUGCUGCUAUGGAGCCAGAGAAUGCCGAUGAUGUCAACAACAACAAUAAUUUUUACUCUUCUCCGCCCAUCGAGCCUGCCAGAUCGCCGCCACCACUACUCCCGCCCCAACAGCGUCUUCCGACACUUGCACAUGACACUUAUGACCCUUUCGAUGCGGGUUUCUCGAAGAAUGUUCUCCAAAGUAUCAAUUGGAGUGAACAGCCCCUGCGUCAACCAGUACAAACUCCUCGACCGCUACCUCGCAUCAACAACCCGCCAUUACCGCCACAACCUCCCAAAUUACCACCAUCCCUUCAAACACAGUUGCCACCAGCAAUCCCCCAAUCACCGCCGCGAGUUAUUCAGCAACCUGUUCAGCAUGUCCCUUCUCUCCCAUCCUUGUCAUCACCAUCAAGUCCCCCACCACCUUCAUCACCUGUCCCACACACGCCGCGAACUUUAACCAAACCGCGUCCUACUACUCCACAGCGCAAGCAAAGCAAUGCUGCACUGCAGUUACCAACUACAAUAGAUCGUGAUGACGCAUCGUCCAGAGCUUCAACAUUGAUGCUUGAUGACGAUCCGUUUGCGAAAGUUGAGCCUAUUCGAAUGCUCAAACCGGCUUCGAGAGACGGCAUCCCUCAAUCGCCAUCGUUUCCGCCAGUCGAAGACCAAUCUUUACCGGAACCUGUUGAAGAAGUGCAACUCCCCGAGCGGCCAGUAACGCCCAAAGUCCCAUCAGAGUUGUUAGAAUUGCUCAAUAUCACACCUCCCAAACCACGCCCCCCGCCAUCACCUGUUACUCCUGAAGAAUACCGCACCGCUCGCUCACAACGGCGAGGGGAUCAACUCGGGAGAGCCCCACCUGCAUCACUGGCCGGGAUUGCAGUGAAGGAAUCACGUAUCCCUGGACCAUUUCCGCUCGUGGAUUUCAUCUUGGAUGCUCAGCUGCUGUCGGCAUUGCUGGAAUACCUGUCUUUCUACGAGUGGUGUGUGUUGUCGGCCAUCACUAAAGCCCUACGCUCCAAGCUUGUUGGCACGAAAGAUCUUCGCGAAGUAGCAUUGGAGCGUUUUCUUCGUACGGUAGGGUAUGCAAAGUGGGCUUGGGAGCCUGAUAAUGACCCAUUGGAGCUUUCUUUACUCGACUUGCAUGACUAUAUGCGUGGCGUCAGUCUUCCAUCCCACGAACAUGCACGGAUAGGAAACGAAUACGUCCAAUCAUUCAACUUUCCACCAGCAGCUCGUGAUCCUACAACGUUGGCUUUAGCGCGAAAUCUCACCAUGUCGACACGCGCCUACUCUCGCGUUGUACUACGACUUCGUGCUCAAGCAGAGCGUGAAGCUAGCGAGAUGGCGCUGCUCAAACCCUCAAACACACUUGUCAACACUAGGAAACGUUUCACAAAUAACGGCUACACUUCUAAUCGUUCAAGCCCUUCCCGGGGUUCUAGUCGGCCACCGUCUCCUAGCUCUUUGUACUCUGGCCAUGCACAGCCACCUCAGCCAGCUCUCACCUUCAGAUCUCCCCUCUUUAGGCUAAAGCGAGCGCCGUUAUUGAGAGUGUUCGUGCCAUCUCCUGAUGGCGACUGGUUGUCCGACAAGAGUGUUCUGGAAUGCGAGGCAGAGCUUAAGCGUGCAGGUGUUCUUGGUCUCCUUCGUGCUGGCGACGUAGUUUGGGACAUUGCCGUUGGGGAUGAGGGGAAUGUAGGACGGUUAGUUUGGGAUGGGAGUUACUUGAUCGACCUGGAUUACAAAUAUUCCACGGUGGGCGAUCUACCGCAAUACCUCCCAACAUUGGCGUUCCCGCCGUCGUAUUUCCAUCGCGUGAUUCGAACUGGAGCGGACGCUUCUAACCCUAUAGCCCAUGUCGACAUAGCACCCUGGGGUCAAGAAAUAGCUGCCAAUCUUCAACUCCUCCAGGAUCGCAUCCGAACAGAAACCCCCCAAGGCAACGUCCAUAACGUUGUAAGAUGGGUCCAUCGCUCGUCAUUUGUUAUCCGAGCACCGGGAAAGGCCCGACUCUACGUUGAUUCUGGGUGGUAUGGCACUAUCGUCGUUGAGACAGAAGGCACGAACGAAGCACUUGCUGACCUGCAGGAUCGGUGUCCGGGUGCGUUCCCACCGCGAGCUGGUGGGCCCCAUAUGCUUAGCAAAGAGGCCAAGGAGGCGAAGAAGGUGUUCAGAAUUCUGCGGGAGAAGAGUCGACCAAGCGAAAUUUGGAUACGGGCCGUUAGCCCUAAGGAACGACUUCUCUAG